UUAUUUUUUAAGGAUAUUAAAUAAAUAAAUAGGAUAUUUAAAACUUUGCCUUAAAAUAUUAUUACCAUUAUGAAGUUAAUAUUGACUCUCUUUUUCCUCAUGACAGAUAUGAGGAGUUCAUUCUGUGAGCAGAUUAGAGGAACGAUGGUGAAACCAACAAGUCAACGUGUGAAGCAAAAGAAGAGAGAGGUAGAGACACACACACUAAGAGAAAGAGAGAGAGAGGGGUUGUGUCAGAGGAAGUGAUGGUGUCAUGAUCACUUGGGUACCUGUAUCAUAACGGAUUAUGAGGACAGAGCGACCAGGUUGAACACCAGCAAGUGGAGCAUUCUCUGAAGAAGUGGAACUAAAGAUGUCAGGCUCCCACAGCUCUUCUUCCUCUCUUGUCUUCUCGUCACACAAUCACACCUCCUCCUCUAUGGUCAACACCUUGGCCUUGACCCCGGACUCCACAACGUCGUCUCCCACUUCUCUGGCUGGACACAUGCCUCAGAUGGACGGAGGGCCGUAUGGUCAUUCGAUGGGUGGUCACCCCAGGACCACUGACAGCAGGGGUGGGGAGCAGAUGAUGGGUUUGGCGUAUUUGCCCUAUUCAGGCUGCUUGACUUCAACAACCUCAGAGAGACCAGCGCAGCACGGCCACAUAGUGCAACAGGAGUUCUCCCAGUUCCUGCUCCCUCCUCCUCCAUCCGCCCUCCGUCAGCCAGGCCAGAAGAGGAGCCUGAGCAAGGACAGUAUGGAGUACCGGCUGCGGCGGGAGCGGAACAACAUCGCUGUGAGGAAGAGUCGUGAUAAAGCCCGCCGUCGCAUCCUGCUCACCCAGCAGAGAGCGCUUCAGCUGGAGGAGGAGAACCACAGGCUACAGUUAACCAUUGAACAACUUAGCCAUGAAGUGGACACACUUAGACACUACCUGUCACAGCGCCACCUACAGAGCAAAGUGGACGACCUGGGAGCUGGAGAGAACUGUUGAGUGACUGUAGGAUGUACGUAGGUCUACCAAUGUGUGUACCACACUUUAUAAUAAAGGAAUAAAGCUUCUUUAAAAUGAUAAAGAACAGGGAUGCCCAAACAUUUUAUAAUGGGGUGAAAGUGCGAUGUCUGUGGUGGGUUGAGGCCAGAAAUAAAUAUACAAAAAAUAAGGUUUCAAAAAUGAAAAAAAUGCUAAUUAAUUUUGAUAUUUUUAUAUAAUAUAAGAAUGUUAGUUUUCUUAUUGGUUAAGAAGCUGAGGAUAACUUUCCACUUUUUAGUCAAACAUCCCCACAGACCAACUCUUUUUAUACAGGUGAAAUCUUUAUCUUUUUUAUCUUUUUGCAGCUGUGCUAUAGAAGAAGCAGAAAUUGUUCCUUUAAAAAGCUUUGAAUUGAUAGAUUAAAAAAAACAAGAAAAACUACAUUACAGACUGGUUAUUUAGGCUUAUGCUAUCAAAUUAAAACAUAAAUGUACACAGUAAAACUAGUAGUGAAAUAUUUUGAUAAAUGUAAAGCAAUAAGAUGUAAAAGAUAAUAAUAAUUAUAAUAAUAAAUGCAUUAUUUUUUUUAUUAACAUUUUUCCAAAGGGUUCUUUUAGGAUCUUUGUUUUAAAGAAUAUGUGUGUACCUCAGCUAAAGCAGUCACCUUGAACUGCCCUGUAAUAUACAUUUACAUACAUUUAAUAGAUGAAUAAAGGAUAAUGGACCGCUACACCACACUGUACAGCACAUCUGUACAUUUUACACUAGCAAAACAAUAUUCAUUAUCAUAUAUUAAUACGUAGCCUGAGAAUAAAAAAGUGGAAAAUCAGCUCCUCAGUGGAAAACAUUCAGUGGAAAACAUGUCAGAAUUCAGAGCUCCUGUUCUACCCAUACUGUCACCCAGGCUGCCUAUUCAUCCAUCACUUUUGUAAAAAUUUACCAUAUGAAGAAGAUUGUAAAUGAUAUCUGUUUACUUUUUAAUAUGUUUGUCAGUGUACUGAGUUCAGACCAACAGAUAAGAACCAGUAACUUUGUUUCUGUAAAAAUAAAAAUUAAAUAAAAAUCUCUUUUAUACACUCAAACAAA